CCUGGAGGUUCAGCUCAGACACUCAGGCUUUUUGCUUGGGUGCAGAGUAACAGCAAGACUGAAGAGAGUGAGGCCAUACUAGGGUUUGAGUGCCCUUGAGCAAGUGGAAACAGCAUGGCAUCCGUUGAGGAGCACCAGGAACUUGCAGUUGGCAGCAGUGAUGCAAGUGACGGUGAAGGCUCUGUUACUGGGAGCUUAGCUGGACCACAAUCACCCGAAGAACCAGAGAAUGCGCUUGAAGAGGGGGAAGCAGUGGCUGAGAGAAAGAGCGAGGAGGCAGCAGUGCAGGAAGCUGAAACUGUUACUGCUGCACCAAGCCACUCUCCUGGGGGCUGCAAUGAGGGGGUUGUUGAGAGUGAGGAAGAGGGCGCUGUUCAUAGCCCAGAGCCUGCACCACAACUGCACUUAACCGAGGACAUCAGCGAGGAUGCCAUGGAGGCAGCCCCAGCUGUGCCCAUGGCAAAAAAGUGCCUCAACAGCCGCUCUAUGGAGCCCCUGGAAGGAGAGCUGGACUUUGAGGAUGAUGCUCCACCGGAGUCACCUAGCGGCACCUCACUUCUUGACAAAGCGCCAAAUAAAGAUGGCAAGGACAGCAAACCAAAAGCAGACAACCUAGAAGAGGGGGAGGCAGAAGAUGAUGGUGAAGUGUCUGACGUCAGUGGUACUGAGCUGUCGGUGCAGGACGAUGACUUGGAAGAAGGGGAGCUGCCUGAGGGGGCUGGUGGAGGUGCUGGAGCCACACGUAAGGCUGCCCAGGUGCCGCGGCCAAUCUGCCGGUUUUUCAACAAAGGGCAGUGCACGUGGGGUUCUUCUUGUCGGUUCAUCCACCCAGGCAUUAAUGACCGGGGAAACUACAACAUGUUUGCUACUGUUCCAAAGCCUCCACACCACCAUAUGCCACCACCAAUUGGAGGACCAGCUGCAGUCAUGCGCGGUGGAGCGCCACCACCAGAAUUUCUUGGGCCUCCCAUGCCACCACUGCCACCACCACCAGAAGAAAUGAUGCUGCCACCAGUAGAGUCCGCAUGGGAGCGAGGUCUCCGUCAUGCUAAAGAGCUUAUGAAACGUGCUUCCCGUCGUAAAGAGCAGGAGCCUGACUUUGAGGAGAAGCGGCUCAACAUAGUACCUCCACAUCAUGAUCGGACACCGCUGCAGUCUGAGGUUGACAAAGAAAAUGACUUCUACGGGGGAAGUGGUGUGCCUCCAUCUUCUCGGGGCAUGAGUCCUCCUUAUGUACGACCUCCAAUGCCACCACCCCCUCCUCACCACCUUCCCAGAGGUGUGCGGAGAGGCGAUGGCCGCAGAGAUGAUUUCUACGGCUUCGAUGAGCCAGAUCCUCUGGAGCACUCGGAACGAGAGGCCAGAGAAUAUUGGCGUGGAGGACGCUACGAGAACUUUGAAGUGCGCUGGAGCAAUCGGCAGGAGUUUGACCACAGGGAUCGAAGAGAAAAGGACCGGAGGCCUGGUCGGAGUUAUGAUCGAGAAAAAGGUAGCUAUUCACAUGGCACUCGACCUGAUAGACCACACGGAGGUGGCUCUGAAAGGGAACCACGUUGGCGGGAGGAGCGCUUUCAAGAAGCCCCGCCUCCACCUGUCAAUCGUUCACGGCCUGAUGAGUGGCGGGAUCCCUGGAGGAGGUCAAAGACACCCAAGGGUCGCAGAAGUAGAUCCAGAGGUCGUAAUCGCAGGUCCUUUUCGAACUGUUCCUCAAGGUCAUUUUCAUCCCGGUCAUCAAGGUCAUCCUACAGUUAUUCCCGCAGCUCUUCUUCUCGAAGCUCGUACUCCAGUUAUGACAGCCGUUCCAGAUCCCGUUCACCUGCUGCUGCUGCACCGGCUGGAAGACCACGUGGCAAUCAGCCCCCAUCCAGGGGACCACCCAUCCAAGCGCCGGGUAAGCAGGGAGGUGGUGGUGCUAGUGGUGGAACCAGUGGUGGCACAAGUGGUGGCACAAGUGGUGGCACAAGUGGUGCAAGGUCUCCUGUGCUGGACCGCCGAAAACAGUAUAAUCCUUCACCUCCUCCUAAUACUACUCCCCUAAGUCCUCCCCGCAAGUCCCGGAGGAAAGCACCUAGCCCUCCACCAAGCAAACAGAAAAAGUCACGGAGUGGUAGCUUCUCGGCAAGCUCCUCACGUUCCCGCAGUCGGCAUACAAUAUUUUCUAAGGGAGGGACACUUGAAACAAAGAAACGUUUCAUGGCCACGUCAAGCUCAUCUCGCACACCAUCACGUUCACGGUCACGAAGCUACUCCCGCAGUCCCAGCUUGAAUAGUGUCUCUUCGGCUUCAAGUUCACCCAGCCGCCGGCGACUCCAGGCUUCAUCAGCUGGUGGAGCCAGCAUACUCCCUUCUAGGAACCCAUCACCACCAAAGAAAGUGUCUGAGGGAUCCAAAAAACGAAUUGAGAAAGACUCGAUAUCCAAGAUCAUCCCCAAGAUACCGCUGCCACCUCCAGCAUCUUUGGCAUUGGGUCAGAGUGGUGUGAUGCCUGGCUACAGGGAGCCGCUGCCUCCGCCUUUGGAUCUUGGUGUCUUUGAGGACGACUCGGCUCAGCGGCAGGCCCGCGAAGCUGCACUACGGCAGCAGGGUAUUUCCCCGAAGCCUCAGAUAAAGCUUACUCUCAUUAAAAAGGCACUUCCAUUGGCAUUAGUGAAGAAGGAGGAGCCAGCUGUCAAGAACAAUGGGGACAAAGGUGCCAAGAAACGUCCAGCCUCCCCAAAGUUGGCCUCGUCGCCCUCUCCUCCACCCACUGGUCGUAAAUCAACCACUUUGAGACGUGAAGAACUGUUGAAGCAGCUGAAGGCAGUUGAAGAUGCCAUCGCCCGCAAGCGAGCCAAAUUUAGCUAGCCUUCUGUGGCUUCUCCCAUCAAAUCGCUCAUUUUUUUCCCCACCACAAGUAAUCCUGUGUAAAUAAAUGGAUUCUUCUGUUACAAUGUCAAAAGAGA